AGACGAAAACUAUCACUUCUCUUCUCUUCCAUAUCACUCAUCGUCAGGCCGUCGUACAUUAAAUAUAAAAAUAUACUUUUGAAACAUGGAAAACGAAAGCAGUGUAAAAAGUGAAAGUAUAUGUGAAAUAAAACCUGAUGUUAAUUCAUGCAAUGGCAUUAGUGUUAGUGAAAAUAACAAGACUCCAUUUGAAGACGCGCUGAAUAUUAUUGGUGUCGGAAAGUACAAUUACAAACUGCUGGCAAUAGUUACUUACUCCUUGCUGGCGGCUACGGCAGAGAUGUUUACAAUUGGUUUAGUGACCACGGCUGCACAAUGUGAUCUGGAACUAGACGUGGACAAGAAAGGACUAUUGGGCUCUUUACCUAUUUUAGGAGUCGUGGUGAGUGCACACUUCUGGGGUUUCAUAGCUGACACCCGAGGACGUAGGUACGCGCUCAUCAUCAGCACCUCCGCCUGCUGCGUCGCAGGACUUCUGGCUGCUUUCUCCACCAGCUGGGUCUACCUAGCGGUCAUCAAGUUCAUAGGGGCAAUUUUCGCAUCAGGAACGAACGCGUUAGCCUUCACACUUAUCGGGGAGACUACAGGUAUACAAAAAAGGCAAACUUAUCUCAUGUACGCUGCCGCUGGGGUCCUUGCUUUUCAAGGCUUAAAUGUCCCUGUGGCUUAUCCAAUAUUAAAUAUGAGCUCAUUCUCAUAUUACAUGCCACUUCUGGGCUACUCAUUCCGACCAUGGAGACUGUACCUUUUGACCAUUGGCCUUAUAAGCGGUAUUAACAUGCUUCUGAUCGUGUUCUUCACACUCGAGAGCCCAAAGUUCUACUUUGCCAUCGGAGAACAGGAAAUGGGAAUGAACAUUAUGCAGAAACUUUAUAAAAUUAACACUGGCAAUGCCAUGGAUGAGUAUCCGGUCAAAUAUAUCGUUUUAAACGAAGACAACUACAAGACGCGGCAGAGAAAUUUCUUCCGCUCCAUUUGGGAGCAAACAACGCCGUUGUUUAGCAAAAAGUACAUCAAGAGUACGAUUUUGAUCUUUUUGACUAGUCUGCCUGCUUACUGCGUAUCACCACCACUCUCCAUCUGGUGGCCAUUCAUCAUGAACAGCGUCAGCAACGCUCAAGAUACCAGCAUACAGUUUUGUGAAAUCUUCCAAAUAAAUAGUACUACGACAAAAAGUAUUGGAAAUUCUUAUAUUUACAAUAGUUCUGUGGUAAGUCUAAAACUGGGCAACGUUUGCUAUCGUGUAAGUCGUGUAACAGUUAUUUCCUCCAUGUAAUAAACCUACAUGUAAUAAAUGCGAGUUCU